AAUUUAGCUUGUAUUUUCUAUAGUCAACUCUCAGUGAGAUAUUAACAAUCUAAUUUCGAAAAUAUAAAGAAAAUGUGCGAAGUACAGGAGCUGCUCAAUGGCCUAUGCCAAACUUUUGGCAAAUACAGGAUGAUGCGUCAACAGGAAAUGGUGCAAAUUCUGAACAAGGUGCGUUGCUGUGAUUGUGGCCACAAAAUGAGGCUUGAUCAUGUCCGAAGUAUGCGAUCAGGAACCAUCAAAUCUCAAACCAAAUGUCGGUCAGGUUACCUUCUGGCAGCGUGUUUUGCAUUCCUAAUCUUGAUCCUGUUUUAUAUGAUCCUUGUGGCACGGAGAUACAAUCAUGUCCGGGCCUAUGGUAGCAGCGCUUGCGGAUCGACAUUUUUCUACACUUCCACCGACUGUGAUGUGUCCUACUAGGGAUACUAUCCGAGGAUGUACUUAUAUUUUUGAUUUAAUAUUUUCUUUCUUUGCGUAUUAAAUAUGUUUUAAAACUCUUCCCUUUUGCUCUUUUAAUUUUUGUUUUUUUUUCUUCCUAUACCCAUCCAGGUGAUAAUGGGACCUCGAAAAGGGAG